AUGAUGACGAUAGAACGCGGAGAAAUGCUGGCUUCAGCAGAAGUCAAUUCCGAACCAUCAGAGGAUAUUAAUCACACAUUCAAGAAGUAUAGAACGUCUGCUCCUUCAGCAUAUUCAAUCGAAGAAAUUACUGCUCGUCGUCGUGGUAAAAGAGUUGAAGAUGAAAAAUUACCAAAGAGAGUUCGGAGUUUCUACAAAAAACAAGACAAACUUAUUUCGACAUUGGAACGUGCACAUCGUCUUAAUUCGAAUAAAGAUAGUGAUAAUGAAGCUGAAGAAGGAGAAGGAGAAGAAGAAGGUAAAAAAAGCAAUACAAAAUCUAUAGACGAGCCAAAACGAAGACGAAAACGUAUUAGUCUUUAUACAAACAUAUCAUUAUUAGUCAAUAUCUUUCUUCUAAUAGUAAAAGUUAUCGCUGCAUUUAUUUCACAUUCAUUAUCAGUUAUUUCAUCAGUUGUCGACAGUGGUGUUGAUCUAGCAUCAAGUGUUAUUCUUUUAUGGGCUACACGUGCGAUUAAACGACGUGAUCCAUUUAUGUAUCCACAAGGUCGAACACGUCUCGAACCAAUAUCUAUUGUUGUUCUUUCGGUAAUCAUGUGUUCGGCAAGUGUUCAAGUGAUAUCAGAAUCAUUACAAACAACUGUUAAUGAUAUUAAAAUGCUUCGAAAAUAUCCAUCAAAUAGUUCAGAAUAUGUACAUCCAAUCAAUAUGACAACAAUACCUGUGAUUAUCAUGGGUGCAACUAUAGUACUCAAAUUGUUGCUUUUCAUAUUGUGUUCUCGUGAAACUAGUGAAACGUUAAACGCUUUAGCACAAGAUCAUCGAAAUGAUGUUUUUUCAAAUUCUAUUGCACUUAUUUGUGGUAUUUUUGGUUUUCUUGCAAGAAAAAAUCCAGUGCGAUUUCCAGCAUCUUUAGUAUUAACCGAUUCGAUUGGUGCUAUUGUCAUUUCAAUAUAUAUUUUAAUAACUUGGGUUCGUCAAGCAAAUCAUCAAAUAAAACGUUUAACUGGACACACAGCAAAUCCUGAAUUUCUUCAACAAAUAACAUGGAUUGCAUUUAAUCAUUCAUCGUUAAUUUUAAAAAUUGAUACAGUUCGAGCUUUUCAUUUUGGCACAAAUUGUCUUGUCGAAGUAGACAUUGUUCUUCCGGAAGAUAUGUCACUCAAAGAAGCACAUGAUAUUGGUGAAGAAUUACAAAAGAAAAUUGAAAGCAUUCCUGAAGUUGAACGAGCCUUUGUUCAUCUUGAUUAUGAAUGUAAUCAUAAAGCCAGCGAUGAACAUAAAGUUGUUUAA